CUCAGGGCCUCGGUCCUCCGCCCGCGCCUGCCGGAGCCUGUUCGCGUCGACUGACCAGAGUCCGCGAAUUCAACGCUCCGAGCCCGUUCGGACGGCCCCGACCCCCAGUUUUCUGUCCUUUGAACACACUAAGAAUAAUGUCCCUGCAUCAGUUCUUACUAGAGCCAAUCACCUGUCAUGCCUGGAACAGGGAUCGUACCCAGAUUGCCCUUAGCCCCAAUAACCACGAAGUCCACAUCUACAAGAAGAACGGGAGCCAGUGGGUGAAAGCUCAUGAACUCAAGGAGCACAACGGACACAUCACAGGUAUCGACUGGGCUCCCAAGAGUGACCGCAUCGUCACUUGUGGGGCUGACCGCAAUGCCUACGUGUGGAGUCAGAAAGAUGGUGUCUGGAAGCCGACCCUGGUGAUCCUGAGAAUUAACCGUGCGGCCACUUUUGUCAAGUGGUCCCCGCUAGAGAACAAAUUUGCUGUGGGCAGCGGAGCACGACUCAUUUCUGUUUGUUACUUCGAGUCCGAAAAUGACUGCAGACUUCCCUGGUGGCACAGUGGUUAAGAAUCCACCUGCCAG